AUUGCAAUCGCAAUUCCUAUCAUUUGCAAUUCUUUCCAAUAUCAUCUAAACCUUCAUUUACAAAAACCAACACAAUGUUGAGGAACCAAUUUGUCUUGUCUUGCUCACUAGCAUUGAUAGUUUCAUUUUUAUACUCCACCACCACCACUUUUGCACAAUUAUCACCAGCUUCUACCCCUCAAAAACCACCCCAACCUAGCCCUACCCCACCAGUUGAGGCUCCCAAACAACCAUUGGUUCCUUCAUUGCCACAAUCACCAAGUGAUUCCACCCCUGACACUGCAGCAGCAGUUGAUAUAGUUGGAAUCUUGAGGAAGGCUAAGUCAUUUAACAUCCUAAUCCGUCUCAUGAAAACCACCCAAUUGAUCAAUCAACUCAAUGCACAACUCCUCACUACUAAGUCAGGUGGCAUCACCAUUCUUGCACCUGAUGACAGUGCCUUCUCAGAACUCAAAGCCGGCUUCCUCAACUCUCUUUCUGAUGGACAAAAACUUGAACUCUUACAGUUUCACGUUAUUUCAGAGUAUGUAUCUAGCUCUAAUUUUGAUACUCUCACAAAUCCCGUGAGAACACUUGCAGGAGCUAAGCCUGGAAAAGUGGAACUAAAUGUGAUAAGCUAUGGUGGAAGUGUGAACAUAUCAACGGGUGAGGUUAAUACAACCAUUACUGGCAUUAUAUACACAGAUAAGCAUCUUGCUAUAUAUAAGGUGGGAAAGGUGCUUCUUCCAAUGGACUUCUUUGCUGUUGCUAAGGCACCUGCCAAGGGUCCCUCAUUGGCUCCAGAACCUUCAAGUGAUGCGGCAAAGGCGCCCAAAGCUGAUAAGGACGAGUCAUCAUCUUCGGAUUCGUCACAGGUUAAACCCACUGAACAGAACUCUGGCACCACCAAGAUCAGUGUGUACGGAAUGUGGGUGUCACUUGGACUUGCAUUGGUGGCAGCAACGAUGCAAACUUGAUGGAGAGGGUGGAUUUUGCAGCUUUGAAAUUCUUUAAAACAUGCAGAAUUGUUUCUUUGUGUGUGGUUGUCUUGUUUUGGACUUGGUGUGUGUUAGCCUAAGAAGCGUACUCUGAAGUACGUAAAAGGUUUGCAUGAUUGUGGUGCUUUCUAUUUCCAUAAGAUAUAUAGAGCUACUGAUAUACUGGCGACUUCAGAUGAACUGGCACUAUAAAUGGACAUAUUGAAUGAACUAGUCUUCACUCUUCA